ACCUCGCACUAUCUUCUCCGCGCCAUCCAAAGCCGGGUUUCAUGUUCACCACUUCCACGUCAACUGCUCAAGGCUGGGAUAGAGCAAAUGGACCUUUCCUGGGAGAAGUCCAGUACGACACGCGCAUAGUUGCAGAAGGCUCUGGCUGCGCCGCGAGCAAAUAUCAAAGGGUAAGUUGUAUGCUGCUUCUAGGUGUGCAAAUCUGACAAACACUGCUAAACAAGGUGAGCAAGUUGCCGGCAAAAA